AUGGUUGAUUAUUUCGUAUUUCCUUAUACUUACGAAGACAUCUUGAAGUCUGCAGACGAGAGAUAUUGCGUCAAUGCGGAAGAAUAGAGGAGAAUAAAAAAUAUGGAAGAUAAGAGAAUGAAUAGAACCCUGAAAGAAUUAGAAUCUGCCUUUGUCGAGGACUAUACUGAAAUAAAGUAGCACGAAAGAUUCGAUAUACUCUACUUUCUGAUCGAUAAUUUCGGCUCAAAAAAUAGUGAAUCUCCAAAUUUAAUCAAGUUUAGUCUAUCCACAAUUGAAUAAACAGGAGAAUUGCUUCUUACAUAUUUAAAUUCGCAUUUGAGAAGAGUAAAAGAGGAUUGCUAGAAUCAGAAUAUUGCUCCUGAAGUACUUGCAGAUGAUAGACAUUCUUUGAAAAUGAUUAUAUUUUUGACUACCUUCUUCCUUAGAAACACAUGCAUAAGACGUAUAUCAACAAUGAAGGAAGAUAACAAUGACGAAGCUCAUCAAAAUAAGAAAGGCAAAAAGAAUACAGGUGGAGAAGAAAAUUAUGAUAAUCUAAUUGAAAAGCAAAGAAUUUGCAUAGAUUUGCUAUAGAAGACUCUUUAAUUAGAUCUCAAAACUCUUUACCAAAAGAAAUCUAUUGAUGAGGAAUUUUAUAAAUAUUAUUUGGCUACUGCUUUAAGAUUACUCGAAAGUAAGCCUUUCAUUAGGGCAGAAAAGGCUCGUACCAAUAUAUUUGCUAUUAUUAGAACUGUCAUGAGAGUAUUUUCUGAGUAUAACAAAUAAGAAUUGAAGCAAGUUUAACUUAAUUUCAUUAAUCUUAUCUAUGAAGACGAAAAUUUAGUUCAGCCUAUUGCAGAUUUUAUAAUUGAUCUUUAUAAUGAUAAAAAUUUAAUCUUUUCAAAGGAAUUUACUUUCGAUUUGCUACAAAUAUUGGUCACUUUCUUGCAAGAAAAAACAAGCCCUUCUUCUGAAAAUACAGUAUUUAAAAAUGCUAGAGAUUUCUUCUCUAUUUUAAGUAACCACUUGCCUAAAAUUUUCAUUAACAAUUUAUCAUGCUUCUUGACAUUAUUUGAUUCUGAAUCCUAUUUAAUGCGUAAUACUGUCUGUGAAAUUUUGGGAAAUAUUUUAAAAAAUGUGCUUACUGCUUAAAACGAAGAAGAUGAGGAAUUCAUUUUAAAUGAAGAAUCAAAGAUAAAGUAAAAAGAAAAACUUUUGGAUCGUUUAAUUGACAGAGUUUAUGAUAAGCAUGCUUACAGUCGUGCAUAAGUCUUAACAAUAUUAGCCGAUUUAUGCGAGAACAAUGCUAUCCCACCUCAAUUUUUACCAUAAAUAUUAAAAGCUGCUAUUAGCAGAACUAGAGAUGUUGGUGCUAUUGUCAGAAGAAAAGCUCUCUAAUUGAUUAGCAGAGUAGUUAAUUAUUAUGUUUAUAUCUACCAAACCAACAAAGAUGGAAAGUUUAUCACAAAAGAAUAAGUCAUUAAAGAAAUCAAAAAGCUUGAUAUGUAAAAUUUAUCAUGUGCAGAAUAGCUUGAAAAGAUUGAAGAAAGACUCAGAGAAAUCACUCAAUCUGAAGACCCUGCUGAAUUGCUUUUACAACAGGAUGAAAUUGAAAGCUUAACAACCAGACAAAAAAGUAUAAAAGCUUAGAUGGCUUAAAUUGCUUAAUUAUAAAGCAGAUAUUAGGAAUAUUAAGAUUUUUUGCAUGCACUUGAUAUUCUUAUCCCUAUUUUAAUUUAGCUUCUUGGUUCCAAGAGUGUCUAUGAUGUUUUAGAAACUAUUAGACUUUUGAUGUACUUAAAGAAGUAUAACAUCACAACUAGCGAGCUUGGUAUUAAGAAAAUGAUAGUUUUAAUUUGGUCAAAGGAAAAAGCUGUCAAAGAAGAAGUUAUGCAAACAUAUUGGUCUAUAUACAUGAAUAAUAAAGAACAAAAGCCUUAGAGAAUCGCUAAAAAUUUGAUCAAUUUGAUGAUAGAUACUAACAUAACUGAAGCUUCUAGCUUUGAAGAAUUGCUCUUAAGCAUGAUGGACACACAUAAGAUAUCUUAAGAAGAACUUAAAAGCUAGAAUCUUAAGGCCUAUCCUAUUCAAGAUUAGGUUUUUGCUGAAGUUUGGGAAAUAUUCACUAAAAAUUUUAGACGUUUAUGUGAAGCUGAUCCUAACCGUGAAAGAACUGAGCAAGAAAGUUUAGAAUAUGAAAAAGAACUUAUUUUACAAAAAAAAGAGAUGAGAAGUGCUAUUCAAAUUCUUCGUAUUAUCAGUAGCAGAUAAAAGAGCAAUUGGAGCAUGAAACUUGAAAGCUUUAAGAACAUCCUCAAUUACUAUAAGAAAUUCGUCAAUAAAGUUGACUGGGUUAUUGUCAAAGAAAUUGCUUGCAUUUCAGAAUAGGUAAAAUCAGAAGAUAACAAGGCUAUUAUUGAGUCUAUUGCUCAAAUUUUAACAGUUCUUCUAAUCAGGGGUCACGGAACUGAAGAUUCUGAGUGGUUCUUGUCAUGUGAACAGAUCAUCAGAUUGACAUUUUUAACAUUUACAAACCCAGAAACUAUCAUAAAAUAUUUAAUUAAAAAAAUGAGCCAAUUUUUGUUUGAAAAGAAAAUUGCUAAUGAAGGUGGUGCUGUUGAUGAAGAAGAAGAUGAACCUAAUUAGAAUAAAGAUGACUUAGAAAUGCAGCUUGAGAAAGAUAACAAAAAGGAUGAUGGAGUUUAAAAGCCUCUUACAAGCAAAGCCUAUGAGCAUAAGCUAGCUCAAGUCUUGUACGUUGCAGGUAAUAGUGCAUUAAAAUUCUUGAUGCAUUGUGAUAGAAUCGAAGAAUAUUUGAAUAAACGUAGAAUAGAAGCUGAAAACAACAAAUAGAAGGAAAUGUAAAAUGAUGCUAAUGACAAUGAAGAUAAAGACAUAGAUAAGAUCAAUGGAGGUUUCGAGGCUGAAUUUGAAGAACAUCAAAGAACUUUGCAUAGUAUUUAGGAUAAACUCAUCAUCGAGUCUCCAAUUUAUAGCUACUUCUGUAGUAUCGCAACAAAAAUAUGUUGGAAUAUGUUCAAUUCACUAAGUUUAGCUCAAAGAAGCGAAGCAGAUAAUAUCAAUAAUAAAUUAAGAAGAAAUGUUAUUUUGGACAGAGUUGCAAUGCUAUGUUUAAUUAAAUUUAUGUGUGUUUCCUCUUAAGUAUGUAAGAAAAAUCUUGAUUUAAUUUUCAAUAUGUUGGAAUCUUAAGCUGAUGCAAUCGUUAAAACAAAUAUCUUAAUUGGUAUUGGUGACCUCUAUCAUAGAUAUCCUAUCAUACUUGAAAGAUACUUACACUUUGUCUACAAGUCACUUUCUGACAAAGAUGUUAGAGUUAGAAAGACCUGCUUGAUGGUUAUAACUCACUUAGUGCUUAACGAUAUGCUUAAGGUCAAAGCUGAAAUCUCCUCUAUUGCAAUUCUAAUUGAAGACUCUGAUUAGAGAAUUCAAAAUAUGGUUAAGUUAUUCUUCCAUGAGUUGAAUAAGAAAGAUCCCAAGGCUAUUUACAAUUUGUUGCCUGAAUUGAUUGGCAGAUUAUCUACUGAGAAUAUUAAUGAGUCUAUCUUUAAUAACUUUUGUGAAAAUGUGUUACCACAUAUCGAUAAGGAUAAAUAAGCAGAGUCUCUUGUUGAUAAACUUUGCUAACGUUUCACUUUAGUUAACACUGAAAAGGAAUGGAUUAAUAUCUCUCAUGCUCUUAAAAUGUUCUCGUACAAUGAAAAGAGCUUAAAGAAACUAUUGGAACACUUUGAAUCUAAAUAUAGAGAGAAAUUGAAUAUUCCCAUUAUUUUAGAAAACUUCAAGGCAAUAAUCUUAAAAACCAAAAAAAUGCCUCGUUAAUCAUAGGAGUAAAAGCAAUUAAUUGAUGAACUUGACAGCAAAAUAUCUAAUUUCAAAAAAGAGACUUUUGAUGAUAAAAAAUACAAGAAAGAGAAGCCUAAACCCAAACAAGCAGCUGGAACUAAAGGAAACUAAGCUAACAAAGGAGCUGUAGGAAAUGCCUAAAAGAAAGGAAAAUAAAAUGUUUAAGUACCCAAUCCAUAAUAAUCAAAGAAAGGUUAAUAGUAAAUGAUGGAAAUUGAGUCUGAUGAAGAAGAAGAAGCUGUAUUUUAACCUAAUAGAAGAUCUCAACAAUAACAACAGCAACAGCUUCGUGGAGGACCUGGUAAAAUUUUAAAAUCUAAUUUGGAAGAAGUGAAAAAUGUUAAGAAUGCUUUAUUAGCAGCCAACCAUCCAAAUAACUAAAGGAACACCAAAUAAAGGGCUGAACCUGAAGAAAUUGAUAUUGAAGAUGAUGAUUUUGAUGAAGAGGAGGAAGAAGAGUUUGUUGGACAUAACAGAGGUUAAUCUAGCAGAGCUUAAUAAAGUAAUUAAAGAGCAUCAUCAAGAAAUGUACAGAGAAAAUCGUUGAAAGAAGAUUCAGAUGAUGAUGACUUUGAUGAGGAGUUUUGA